CUGAAUACUCAUUCAAAGCAACUAAAUCACCACGAAGCCAGACAAGUAUAAGCUUUAAUGCAGUAUUAUCUGUCAUUUUACCACGCUUUAAAACUGCUUUAUGUGAGGAUUUAUGUCGACAAGAGAAAUGCUAGCAGUUACUAGCUUACUAGCAAAUGAUGGCACCUGAAAAUAUCUAUCAUUUUAAUUAGAGCAACAAGAACAAAUGUGUGUGUUCAAAUUCGACUAUUUAAGUAAUCAGACGCUAACUUUUCUGCAAUAUUUUCGUUAAUGCUAACUGAUGCUAAGACUAUGACUUUGAGCAACGCUAUUAAUUAUUGUUAAUUGUUAAUUAACGUUAGUGUUUGUAUAAAAGGAUUUUAACCAGCAACUCACUUAUACGCCAUUUCCGAAGGUUAUUCCUCAGAAAUAGUGGUAGUCAAGUGUAUUUUUAUGAGUUGUGUGAGAAGAAUCGUCCGUCCUCUAUGUGCGCGCUCCCGUCUCCACGUGCACAGCGCCCCCCUGCGUGCACCCGCACCAGUAAAAACAGCUGUGCUUUACUGGCUUCAAGAUAUAAUGGAUCCUGCUCCAACGACUUUGGCAGAUUAUUGGCAUCAAACCUUAAGAUCCUGAGAAACAUCAUCCUUAAAGAUGAUACAGAAUUCGUCAAAGUGUGGAGCAAGACUUCCAAGUCCCUCAUCUCUUAUGAAAGUGGACGGAUAUACUUUGAUAAUUACAGGUGUUGUUACAGCAGCCUUUUGCCGGAGCCAGAACUGCUGUAUGAACUCCCCAGAACUCCCAAAACAGAGAAGAUUGAAGACGCGUUAUUGUGCCAGUGUCCUCUGGAAAAUGUGCUACCUAAUGCCUCAGAGCAGAAAUCAUGUCUGUUGACUCUGACGGCUAACAACUGGUUAUAUCUGUUGUCGGCGGACACUGGAGAAACACUGCAGCGGGUCUACCUCUCCUCUCGUUUCAAGUUCAGCAGAUCGUUAGGUUGGGACUCUUCACAGGAGACAUUUUACGUCAAAUCCGUUCAAUGCAAACAGACUGCUCUAGAACGACAGGCUGGUGUUGAUAAUAACAUCCUCAUGCGCGUGGCUGCAUUUCAAGUGUUUCCACUGCAGCUUGUUGGAAUGCUGGAGAUAAAUAAAAAGGUGUUUGGUAAGACUGCAGUGGAUGUGCUGCUGUCACAGGGAGUGUUAGCUGUAUCACACAGCUCAAAACUCGUCCGACUUUACAGUUUUGAGUACAUUGUUAACAAGUUUAGAACUGAGGAGCUGAUUCUGGGACAGCAGUGUGAGCUGAAUAAUGCAAGGGGAAUCGUGGGAGAUGCUCCAUAUGGUGUUCCGGUCAACAUUUGCAUUCAUGAGUGUCCCCCAGUCUUGUUUGAGAUGACAUACUUUGAGAAUGGGGUUCAGAUUGGAGGACAUCCUUGGCACUACAUCUACACCCCCAACCACAAGAGACACAGAGGAACCCACCACGUCUGCUCCAUCACAGAUGGAGCUCUGGCAAAGAACGGCGUCCAGGACAUGAAAUGUGACUCUCUAGAAGUGGACUGGAUCUUUUUUCACCCAGAUGACUCCGGUCGAAUCAUUCAUGCCGGGCCCAGCACAAUAAACAUUCUCAAGAUCAUGGCGGAAACAGGAUGUGACUGGAAGUAUGAGAUCAUCACAGAUUUCUCCAUCACCGCUGCUCGUGACAGUAAUGCCUCUCAGGUGAUUGUGACCUCUUCUGGCCGUACAGUUAAAAGGAGAUUUCAGAUGUUAGACGAUGACCCUGCACAAGAGACGUUCAGAAUGGUGAAGUAUGAAGACGAGCUUGAUCUGCUGGCUGUGGUGGACAUCACUCACGCUGAAGAUGAAGGACAGGCUCGUCUUCGCCUGCAUGACAAUAAAACAGGCGCUUUAAUGAAGAGAGUUCCUCUGGAGGAGCCCUGGGAUGUGACCUACAGUCACGAGGUGUACUUUGACAGAGACACCAUUAUUCACACUGUCCAGGAGAAGAACAACAGCUUCUGUUGCCAUGUUUAUAAAAUGAAGAGACCAGCUUCAGACCAACCAUAAUGAGCAUGCUUCAUAUCAUGUAGACCAGGUCCUGGAGGUCUGGUGUCCUGCAGAUUUUAGCUUGCCUCAACACACCUGCAUGGAUGUUUCUAGAAAGCCUAGUAAGAGCUUGAUUAGCUAGCCCAGGUGUGUCUGAUUGGGGUUGGAACUAAACUUUGCAGGACACACAGGCCCAGGACCGAGUUUGGACAUGCCUGAUGUAGACAAAACAACGUAAUAAAAGAUGUCUGUUAUAAUGAUGUCAUGUUAUAAUGUAGAUAUUCUCCUAUGUCGAUGUUUGACAACUCGAGAGCAGAAACUAUAUAUAUUUUUGUAUUAUGAAGCAUGAAUCUUUCACACUGUCAUUUGUAUUGGAGAAAUUGCUGAUCAGCGAGCAUUCAUGCAUUGACAUCAAUGACCUGACACGGUUCUGUUUACUAAUUUAUAUCAGUAUGCAAACAUUAACUCGUAACUUUCUUAAUAAAGACAGAAUUUUGUGACA